AUGGGCCCCUGUACCGCCUCCUCUUGCUGCUGCCAGGCCCGUAAUCUGCCAUGGGCCCCCGUACCGACUCCUCAUGCUGCUGCCAGGCCCGUAAUCUGUCAUGGGCCCCUGUACCGCCUCCUCAUGCUGCUGCCAGGUCCAGAGUGUGUCAUGGGUCCCUGUACGGCCUCCCAUUGCUGCUGUCUCCAUUGCCACACUCUGCCAUGUGCCACUUUCAGGUCUCCUCACACUGCUGGUGGGUUCCAUUUUGUCAUAGGGUGCUGGCAGAUUACGGGCCUCCCAUUGCUGCUGCCAGGCCCGUAAUCUGCCAUGGGCCCCGUACCGACUCCUCAUGCUGCUGCCAGGCCCGUAAUCUGUCAUGGGCCCCUGUACCGCCUCCUCAUGCUGCUGCC